GCGUCUCCAUGACGACGCGCAGGGUGUAUAAGUAGCGGCACGGCGCGUUGUUGGCUUUGUCAAUCCCUGCAGCCGCCGCCGCCUGCCGCCCUCAGCCAGCAGCUCGGCGCCACCUCCGGCCGGCAUCUGCGGCGGGCGGGAGCGAGGCGGCUGACGGGGCGGCGGCGGGCGGCCGGGCGGUCCUCAGGCUCCAGCUGCGGCUCGACGGCGGCAUCUCCAUGGGGUUGGCCCGCGGCGCCCGGACGCUGUGAGAACAUUUCCACUGCUGCUUUGAGGAGACAAGAUUCAGAGUUCCUGGAGAACUCUGCCUUUGUAAGAAGCUAGAAAUCUGCUUCUUUAAUACCAUCUUUAAGUUUUCCAUAGGCACGCCAAGAAACCAUGAACAACUUUAAUAAGGAAGAGUUUGACUGCCACAUCCUCGAUGAAGGCUUUACUGCCAAGGACAUCCUAGACCAAAAAAUUAAUGAAGUUUCUUGUUCUGAUGAUAAGGAUGCUUUCUAUGUCGCAGACCUCGGAGACAUUCUAAAGAAACAUCUGAGGUGGUUAAAAGCUCUUCCGCGUGUCACUCCCUUUUAUGCUGUCAAAUGUAAUGACAGCAGAGCCAUAGUGAACACCCUAGCUGCCAUAGGGACGGGAUUCGACUGUGCAAGCAAGACUGAAAUCCAGUUGGUACAGAGCCUCGGGGUCCCUCCAGAAAGGAUUAUCUAUGCAAAUCCUUGUAAACAAGUGUCUCAAAUUAAGUAUGCUGCCAAUAAUGGAGUCCAGAUGAUGACUUUUGAUAGUGAAGUUGAGUUGAUGAAAGUUGCCAGAGCACAUCCGAAAGCAAAGUUGGUUUUGCGGAUUGCCACUGAUGAUUCCAAAGCAGUGUGUCGCCUCAGUGUUAAAUUUGGUGCCACACUCAAAACCAGCAGACUUCUUUUGGAACGGGCAAAAGAGCUAAAUAUUGAUGUCAUUGGUGUCAGCUUCCACGUGGGGAGUGGCUGUACUGAUCCAGAGACCUUUGUGCAAGCAGUAUCAGAUGCCCGCUGUGUCUUCGACAUGGGAGCUGAAGUUGGUUUCAGCAUGUAUCUGCUUGAUAUUGGUGGUGGUUUUCCUGGAUCUGAGGAUACGAAGCUUAAAUUUGAAGAGAUCACCAGUGUGAUCAACCCAGCGCUGGACAAGUAUUUUCCAUCAGACUCUGGAGUGAGAAUCAUAGCUGAGCCAGGCAGAUAUUAUGUUGCAUCAGCUUUCACGCUUGCAGUCAAUAUCAUUGCUAAAAAACUCGUAUUGAAGGAGCAGACCGGCUCUGAUGAUGAAGAUGAGUCAAAUGAGCAAACUUUUAUGUAUUACGUGAAUGAUGGCGUAUAUGGAUCAUUUAAUUGCAUCCUUUAUGAUCAUGCACAUGUAAAGCCCCUGCUACAGAAGAGACCUAAACCAGAUGAGAAGUAUUACUCAUCCAGCAUAUGGGGACCAACAUGUGAUGGCCUAGAUCGGAUCGUUGAGCGCUGUAACCUGCCUGAAAUGCAUGUGGGUGAUUGGAUGCUCUUUGAAAACAUGGGUGCAUACACGGUUGCUGCUGCAUCUACUUUCAAUGGAUUCCAGAGGCCCACUAUCUAUUAUGUGAUGUCACGACCAAUGUGGCAACUCAUGAAGCAAAUCCAGAACCAUGACUUCCCACCGGAAGUAGAGGAGCAAGACGUUAACACUCUGCCCAUGUCUUGUGCUCAGGAGAGUGGGAUGGACCGUUACCCAGCAGCCUGUGCUUCCACUAGUAUCAAUGUGUAGAUGCCAUUCUUGUAGCUGUUACCUUCAAGUGUAGCUUGAAUUAAGGGAUCUGGGGGGACCAUUUAACUUAAUUACUGCUAGUUUUGAAAUGUCUUUGUAAGAAUAGGGUUGGCACAGAUGCAGCAAUAUGGAAAGCUAGGAGUUGGGGGUCACACUUACCUGUGUUCCUAUGGAAACUUUGAAUAUUUGUUUUAUAUGGAUUUUUAUUCACUUUUCAGACAUGAUACUAAUGUGUGCCCCUCAGCUGCUGAGCAAGCAUUUGUAGCUUGUACAAAGGCAGAAUGGGCCAAAAGCUUAGUGUUGUGACCUGUUUUAAAAAUAAAUUAUCUU